AUGGCUCAGGCACCUCAGCACUCUGCAGCUCUUCCAGUGCUGAUGUUUCCACGCUCUUCCAAAGGGCUGAAGAGGCAGAAGAGGGACUGGGUCAUUCCCCCCAUCAACUUCCCAGAGAACGACAGAGGCCCCUUCCCCAAACAGAUAGUGCAGAUCAGAUCCAACAGGGAUAAGGAAGUGCCGCUGCGUUACAAAAUCACUGGGCCUGGGGCAGAUCAGCCCCCUGUUCAGCUGUUCUACAUUGACCAAACCUCUGGCUGGCUCAGUGUCACACAGCCUUUUGACCGAGAGAUGCAAGAUAAAUAUGAACUCUUUGCUCACGCUGAAGCAGUGGGUGAAACUACUGCGACCGAGGAUCCCAUGGAAAUUAUCGUCUUUGUGAUCGAUCAGAACGACGAGAAACCCAAAUUCACUCAUGAAACCUUUUUUGGCGAGUUAGUUGAAGGAUCCAAAGCAGGUUUUGAAUUUAUGAAGGUGACCGCUGUUGAUCUAGAUGAACCUGGUUGAGCUAAUUCUGACAUUAGAUACAGUAUUGUGAGCCAAGACCCAGAGAGUCCAUUACGAGAGAUGUUCUUUAUUAACCCUAUAACUGGAGGGAUCAAACUGAAGUCAGAGGGGCUGGACAGAGAGAACUUUCCUAAAUAUACAUUGGUAAUUAGCGCUGCUGAUAUGGAGGGGGACGGCCUCUCAACCACCUGCAAAGCAAGCAUCACAGUAACCGACAGCAACGACAACGCUCCUCAGUUUGUCCCAAAUUCAUACACAGUGACUGUGCCUGAGAAUGAAGUGGAUGCCCUAGUGGUGAAAAUGCCAGUGACUGAUGUCGAUGAACCUCACACACUAGCCUGGUCAACUAAAUACAAGAUUAUUGAAGGAGACAAUGGAGGGUUCUUCAAUGUUACCACUGGACCCAGCAAGCUGGAGAGCAUUAUUACUACAGUCAAGGGCCUUGAUUUUGAGAAGAACGCAAAGUACACCUUGUUGGUCACCGUGGAGAACGAUGCCCCUUUUGUCACCAAUCUGCCCACCUCCACUGCCACAGUUAUUGUGAACGUGGAGGAUGUGAACGAGGCCCCAGUGUUUAAUCCAGUUGAGGAGGUGGUCAUAAUUGCAUAUACAGCAACUGACCCUGACACGGCAAAAAAUCAGAAAGUGUGUCCUGCUAUUCCUGAGACCCCUCCUGACCUGUCCCCCAUCCCGCCCGUCUACCACGAAGUCCAGACGGGCAUAAUACUUGGAGUGAGAACCUAUUUGGAAGAGAAUGACUACACUGUUAUCCUCCGCGUAUAUGACAGCCAGGGACUGUUCCAGGACAACACCAUUACUGCCACUGCAACUUGGGAAGCCUGCAUAACUAGGGGUUCUUUUUGCAUCAGACCGACUUAG